AUGGUUAGAGGCAAAUUUGACUCCACCAUAUCCGAUCGUAUGCAACUAGCUCUUGAUAUUACUCAAAAUUGUUAUGGCGCCAGCUAUGAUUUAGCAGCACGACGCAAGAAUGCAACGCGUGAAUCCACAGCCACAUUAAAAGCUUGGCUCAAUGAACAUAAGAAAAAUCCAUAUCCAACCAAAGGCGAGAAGAUCAUGCUGGCUAUAAUCACUAAAAUGACCUUAACUCAGGUUUCCACAUGGUUCGCUAAUGCACGCAGGCGUUUGAAAAAAGAAAACAAGAUGACAUGGGAACCAAAACAUCGCACUGAAGAUGAUGAUGAUGUACUCGCAUCGGAUGAGGAGAAGGAUCGCGAGGAUAAUGAGUCGGAAAAAAGGCAAAGUUUUGGCGCCAAUAUUGGCACAAAUAGCAGUGUAGCAGGUGCGGAGCUGGCAGCAAGUGCAACUCAUCCAACAUCUAAUGUGGGUGUUGUUAGUGGUAUUGUUGGUAGCCAUAAUACGGGCACAAGUGUGGGCGGCGUUCCUGGUGCACAGCCAAAAGAUGCUUAUCAACUACAUCCUCAUCAUCAUCAUCAACCAACGCAGUAUUCUCAUAGUUUUUACUAUAAUCCUAACACUAAUCACCAACAAUUUCAACAUUUGCAACAGCAACAACAACAACAUCAAUCAGCAAUAUCAGCUUUAAGACAACAUGUUGUGGACAGCACAAUGCUGUACCAUCAACACCAACAGCAACAACAUCAAUUGCAACAACAGGAACAACAUUUGCAAUCACAUCGCUUAAAUCCUCAAUAGAAAGAUUUUCUCUAAAAUUUGAU